ACACUGUACCGCGGGAAAUUCAGUACCGCGUGAACGAGUGUUUUCCUAUUUUGGAUUAUAAACAUCAACAGAACAACAUCAACAAAACAACACCUCACGCCUGAAACCUUAAUGUUAGCGGACGCUGCUGUUACAGCCAACGUAACAAAAUGUCAAAGAAGAAAGGACUAAGUCUGGAGGAGAAGAGAACUCGCAUGAUGGAGAUUUUCUUUGAAACGAAAGAUGUGUUUCAGCUGAAAGACAUAGAGAAGAUCGCCCCUAAGACAAAGGGCAUAGCUCCCAUGACUGUGAAGGAUGUGCUGCAGAGUUUGGUGGAUGACAACAUGGUGGACUGUGAGAGAGUGGGUACAUCAAACUACUACUGGGCCUUUCCCAGCAAGGCCCUGCACGCUCGCAAGCACAAACUGGAGGAGCUGCAAACACAGAGUUCUCAAGCAAAGCAGCGAAAAGUAUCUGUACAGAAAGCGGUUGAACAAGCUAAAGUGGGACGUCAAGAUACAAAGGAGAGAAGCUCCCUGCUGAAGGAGUUGAACGCUCUGAGAGAGGAGCGAACUCAGCUGCAGGCUGAGUUGGAGAAAUACAGGGAAUGUGACCCAGAAGUCGUUGAGGAGAUGAGAAAAUCAAAUGUUGUAGCAAAAGAGGCCGUUUCCAGGUGGACAGACAAUAUUUUCUCCAUUAAGUCAUGGACAAAGAAGAAGUUUUCCUUUGAUGACGGCCGCAUUAAUAAAGCCUUUGGGAUCCCUGAGGACUUUGACUACAUGGACUGACGGCCAGCUUUUCUUCUCUAGUUCAUUGUCGCAGUAAGAGGAAAAAUAAGAGUUUAAGCUUCAGUUUUUAGGGCAGUAAACCAGGUCUCAGCAGUGCUAAUUUAUGUCUUUUGUGUUAGACCAGGAUUCAUAUUUAUGACCUGUAGUGGGCUUUGAAUAAGGGCCGAUACCAGCCAGAUGGACUUUAUCAGCGGGUAUGUUGCUUCGGUGCAACCGGAGAAGAGAAGCACCAACCAGUCGUGGAUGUGAGGGGUGAGGGGGUUCUGUGAUAAACACAACCUUGCAGCCUGACUUUUGGGACACCUGUUUGCAUGAAAACUGAGAACUCCAAGUUGAUGAUGGAAAGGAAUCAACACUUAACACAUCUGUGCAGCCAGUGAUUUAAUUUAUAUGGUUUAAACAGAUGGUUUGGAAUCAAAUGCCUUUGCACUUUUUUCUUAUGUUUGCCCUGUUUCACUUUUGCUGGGGGGAGGGAGGAGGGAUGUUGUGGACUGGGUCUAAUGGGAGAAUUCGGUUACAGAGGAUAUGUUUAGGAUAUGUUAUGUAUACAAGUGCUGUAAAUAUUAGUAGAUUUCAGUUUUGCAGAACCUCUUUUCUCGUGUUGCAAAUAAAAUGUCCGUCUGAGUUUUACAAGCCUUUUUCUGCUGUUGUAUUCCUUACUAAACUCAGGGUGUAGUGUACAAAUGUAUUUACACAAGAUCUCCUAUCUCUUGUGUUUUCAUUUCUUUAGAAAUUGCGACUGGAACAUUGCAAAAAUCUAUUAAAAAAGCUCAACUUUCUUUGCAGAGUUGCACAC